GUGAACUUAUGCUGCUGAAUGAAGCAACGUUUUUGGAUAAUUUAAAAACGCGUUAUUAUAAAGACAAAAUUUAUACUUAUGUGGCCAAUAUACUCAUUGCUGUGAAUCCAUAUCGUGAAAUCACUGAUCUCUACUCUUCAGCUACAAUUAAAACGUAUACUGGACGUUCCUUGGGCGAACUGCCGCCACAUGUGUUUGCUAUAGCUGAUAAGGCUAUACGUGAUAUGCGCGUACUCAAAUCGUCACAAUCUAUUAUCGUAUCUGGCGAAUCGGGUGCUGGCAAAACAGAAUCUACCAAGUAUUUGCUUAAAUAUUUAUGUCAUUCCAGCGAUAGUGCCGGUCCCAUUGAACAGAAAAUUUUAGAUGCCAAUCCCGUACUUGAGGCUUUUGGUAAUGCAAAAACUACGCGUAACAACAAUUCCUCCCGUUUCGGCAAAUUCAUUGAAGUGCACUAUGAUGCCAAGUGCCAAGUGGUUGGCGGUUAUAUAUCACACUAUCUGCUGGAGAAGAGUCGUAUUUGUACGCAAAGUUCUGAGGAACGCAACUAUCAUGUAUUCUUUAUGUUGCUAGCAGGUGCACCGCAACAGCUGCGUGAUAAGCUGAAUCUUGGUAAACCAGAUGAUUAUCGGUAUCUCUCUGGCUGUACGCAGUAUUUUGCCAACGCGAAGACAGAGCAACUUAUUCCGGCUGCUCAAAAGUCCAAGAGUCAUGUGAAAAAGGGUCCCCUGAAGGAUCCUAUUAUCGAUGAUUAUAAUCAUUUUCAAAAUCUCGAUCGUGCACUGGGUCGAUUGGGUUUGAGUGAAAUAAAUAAACUGGAAAUUUAUUCAUUGGUGGCUGCCGUAUUACAUUUGGGUAAUAUUUCGUUUGAAGAGAUACCAGAUGACGCACGAGGUGGUUGUCAAGUCUCAGAGUCUUCUGAGAAAUCUCUCACCAUCACAUCAAAAUUGCUGGGUGUUGAUCCAUCGGAACUCAGACAGGCACUGGUGUCGCGUGUAAUGCAAAGCAAAGGUGGCGGUUUCAAGGGCACAGUAAUAAUGGUGCCCUUGAAAAUUUAUGAGGCCAGCAAUGCGCGCGAUGCGCUUGCCAAGGCCAUCUACAGCCGCCUUUUUGAUCGUAUCGUGGCGCUGAUUAAUCAAAGCAUCCCCUUCCAAGUCUCAAAUUUCUAUAUUGGCGUCUUGGAUAUUGCCGGUUUCGAGUACUUCACUGUGAAUUCGUUUGAGCAAUUUUGCAUUAAUUACUGCAAUGAGAAAUUGCAAAAAUUCUUCAAUGACAACAUUCUUAAGAACGAGCAAGAGCUGUACAAAAGUGAGGGAUUGAAUGUGCCGGAAAUCACAUUCACCGAUAAUCAGGAUAUUAUCGAUUUAAUUGAAGCGAAAGCAAACGGUAUUUAUACUCUAUUGGAUGAGGAGUCAAAGUUGCCAAAGCCAUCGGCACAACACUUCACGGCCGAGGUGCAUAAGGCGUGGUCAAACCAUUUCCGCUUGGGCUUGCCGCGUUCAUCGCGCUUGAAGGCGCAUCGCACGCUAAGAGAUGAAGAUGGUUUCCUUGUGCGUCACUUUGCCGGCGCUGUCUGUUACAAUACGGAACAAUUUAUAGAGAAAAACAAUGAUGCAUUGCAUGCUUCCUUGGAGGGUUUGGUGCAGGAGUGCGAAAAUCCGUUGCUGAAAACACUAUUUCCUUCUGGUAGUAACACCGCGUUGCGCGGCAAAUUGAAUUUCAUUUCUGUGGGCUCGAAAUUCAAAAGCCAACUGGCUGAGUUGAUGGAGAAAUUGGAGAAGAAUGGCACUAAUUUUAUACGCUGCAUUAAGCCUAACAGCAAAAUGAUAGAUCGUGAUUUCGAGGGUGGGCUAGCACUUGCACAGCUUAAAUGCUCUGGCACUAUUUCCGUGCUGGAGCUUAUGGAGCAUGGUUAUCCAUCACGUGUGCCAUUCGCCGAUCUCUACAAUAUGUAUAAAUCGGUCCUGCCACCCGAAUUGGUCAAGUUACCACCGCGCACUUUCUGCGAAGCUAUGUUACAAUCGCUUAAUCUUAGCUCAAAGGAUUUCAAGUUUGGCGUGAAGAAAGUUUUCUUCCGCCCUGGCAAGUUCGUUGAAUUCGAUCGUAUUAUGAAAUCAGAUCCCGAGAAUCUUUUAGCCAUUGUCUCUAAGGUGAAAAAGUGGUUAAUACGUUCGCGGUGGGUGAAAUCUAUAUUGGGUGCGGUGUGU